AGGCUCCAUAUCUGUUGAACGGAUAGGAGGUAGCCAGUGAGCUUCACCAAAUACUAGCCCUUUAUGCCGCUCGAAGACCUGCGAGUACAGACCAAUCGGCUUCUCGCGAUAUCACUCGAUCAGGUACGUAUCUCUCAAGAUGUCACCUCGCCUUUUCUCUCUCCCUCUUUGCAAGGAGUAUAUUUCCAAGUAUGCUACCGCUCGGGUUAUCCCUGGCCCGGGCUGUAAAACCAGGUUUGUAUUUGUUUUCACCCUUGUGCUUCUUCGUCGCUCUUGGUGUCUGCGAUACCACCUGGGUCGGCAAUUUGUCUGGCGUCUGGGGUUACAUCUUUCUCCUUCCAUUGUGUGUUGCAACCGGUGUUGUGCUGUAAUACCCCUUCUAGAUAAGCUUCAACGCUCGCGUGAUGGCCUAAUGACCUUGCGCAUCUCCCCGGGUGGAUCUUAAAAAGCUGGUACUAUUUGAACUGGAGGCUCAUCUACGCUUCUUGUGUUCUUAUCCUUAGCGAUGAACUGAGGCCAAACAUUUUCAGUUGUCUUGACUACA